AUGGAGAUGCAAACAAUCUCACUGUCAUCGUUAGACAAUAAUAACAAUAAUGUCAAUGAUGAUCAGAUGAGUAGUACAAGUAGCCAUAGAAAUCUCAGAUUCACACACUCACACUCACAACAGAGUAUGGAUAUAUCAAUGUCAGAGAUGACACCAAGAAACAACCAUGUCUCCGAUAGUAAGAUAGGUGGUAGCACUCACUCUUCGACUUCACCAAAAAAGAAACUUCACAUCAAGAGUCCACACAUCCACCUUCCUCAUAUUCAUAUGCCACAUCUACCUUCGAUGCAUGAUAUUAAAAGGACAAGAGUAUUUCGUGGUCGUGUCGAUUAUCAACGUAGAAAGAAAGUAAACUCUUUCUUAAACACAAAAUUAGUAUUAAUCAUAUUAAUGGUGGCAUCGAUAUUUAUGGUUUUCAUUGACGAUAUAUUGGUAGCUUCGGGAGCACCAAAUAACGAUGCAUCUUACACCACUGUUUCAAUCCUCAAGAUUAUUGUAUUUCUAAUAUUUUUAACCGAUUUAAUUCUGAAUAUAUUUGCACAACGACUCCACUAUGUAAUAUCAUUCUUUUUCAUUAUGGAUAUCAUAUCGAUUGUUUCGUUGGUGCCAGACAUUGUCGCAUUCAUCUUUGGCAUCUCGAGUAUCACAGCUAUCAACUCACUGUCACUGAGUAGAACGGCGCGUGUUGCUCGUAUAGCAUCACGUCUCUCUCGUAUCGGGCGUAUCAUCAAUUUCUUUUAUUUGUUCAACUCGUCCGGUGCCAAGAGAAAGGCAGAGGUGCAGGAGCGUGACGAACGUCUUCUGAACAUGCCUGUGCAGCCAUCUUCAGUUGGACGCAAGCUACUCUCAAAAACAUCGAAUACCAUCAUUGUCAUGGUACUCCUAGUGGUACUCAUCACAACACUUACCAAUCCAGUGGGCGACGACGAAGACGACCAACAAUCCAUGUUGAAUCUUGUGAUGCUGAAUGCCAAUUCCAAUGGAUUGUUCAGUUCCAGUUUCAAUAGCACCGUUGAGCAUCUCCUCCAAUCACGUAAUGACAUUCUCUUCCUGGAGAUAGAUAGCCAGACAGUCUAUAAAUCCGGUAUUGACACAACCGAUUGGUACCACGGAUACAUCCUAAAGACAACGGCUGACAGUGACAAGAGUGAACUGUGGAUAAACAAUAAGCAUAACGAACAAGUUUCAGCUGCUCUUGGUUUGACAUUGACAGUUUGUAUCAUUAUUAUCUUGUGUGUUGGAACGGUAUUUCUCUCGGGACACUUCCAAUAUAUGGUGAUUAAACCGAUUGAACGUAUGAUUUCGCUCAUUAAGAAAAUCAGUUCGAUGGAUAGACACGACAGUGACUACGAAUCCGACGACUUUUCUGACGCCCACAGCGGUGCAGAGGGAAAUACCAGUGAUGGCGAGAGUGGUGUCGACAAAUUCGAUUCAGAUUUUGACUCUAUGGAUACACUGAGCGGUUUCGACGAUGAAAUAGAAACUCAUUUCAUUGAGGAGAUGUUGUCCGACCAUCUCGGACGUAAUCUCGAGUUGGCCAAACAACAAAAGAGUGUCGUGGAUUCACAUCAGCAAUUGAAUCUGGGAAUUCAUGCUAUUGGUGCAUCGAUUGCUGCAUUCUUGCAACGUAAGCGAUUCAUCGAUGAACAUAAACAAGCAAUUCGUAGAUCGAGAAUUGUCAAGGAAUUGAUGACAACCGAACAGACCUAUGUAAACUCAUUGGGUGUAUCGAUCGAAGGUUAUCUAAUGCCACUGAGAUUAUCUAAUAUCAUCAGUGUCGAACAAUGUAACAACCUAUUCUCAAACAUUGAAGUAUUACACCAGUAUCAUAAGGAGUUCCUUGAGAAGCUAGAGUCGCGUGUCAACGGUUGGCAUACCAACCAAUCGAUCUCCGAUGUAUUCUCAUACUUGGAGUCGGCAGCAGUAGAUAUCUAUACAACCUAUAUCAACAAUUACAACAAUGUAGUUCCUACACUCGAUGAGAUUAGAAAGGAUGAAAAGACAUCAGAGUUCCUUCUGGACAGUCGUGACAAACAUUGUAAGGGAAUCGAAAUAACUGGAUAUCUUAUCAUGCCAAUUCAGAGAAUGCCACGUUAUGUCUUGCUACUGGAAGAUCUACUCAAGCAUACUCCGCAGCAACACUUUGAGUAUGAGCCAAUCACCAACGCAGUCAAAACACUCAAGAAAGCAACGGUUGUUCUCAACGAACGUAAGCGUGAACACGAGAACAAGCACGCCAUUCAAGACAUCUACAUGAAACUAUCACCACCGGUGCCAGACAUAUUGGUACCGGGCAACAGUGUCAUCAAGCAAUCCAAGUUGAAACAAGACGGUGAGAAGUACUACUUCAUUCUCUUGAACAGUGGACUGCUCAAGACCGUCAAGGAUUCCAGUGAAUUGAUAGUGAAGGGAUACUUCCCGAUCAAAGAGAUCACCGCUACCUCCAUUCAGGAUUGUUCAUCGAUAAAGAUUGUCAAUGCAUUCCAAAUCAAGUUGGACGACCAAUUGAUGUUGUUGUUUGCCAAGACACCAGAGUUGAGACAAGAGUGGUUGGAAGGAAUCUCGCAGUACACUCGUGUAAUGACAGCACGUACCAAAUCGAUUGCACUCAUCAAUCAUGGCAAGAGAACAUCACUACAUGGUAGCAGCUCAUCGAAUCGAUCACCGAGUGUCAGUCAUGGCACUAGAUUGAGUGUAACUGGAUCACAACAACGACUCAGCUCCUCCAACCUUGGUCUUACAACACCAACACCACUCAACCAAUCAAGUGUAUCAAAUCUUUCAUCCUACAGUCAAUCUUCAUCAAAUUUAAAUGUUACAGUAAACAACAACAACAACAACAAUAAUAAUAAUAAUAAUAACAAUAAUAAUAAUUCAAGUUCAGGUAGUAAUUUAAGUAUACCAUCUAUAUCAAUAAAGAAAGAUUAG